AUGGGCCUUAAGCAAUAUGGCCUCAAGCAAUUUCACCUUCACGGUGAUGAGGCUGCAAGCCGCAGAGAGAUCGAUAUUGGCGUGCCAAGAGACUUUACAGAUCUGCAAUAUGGCAUUGCGCAGGAGUACACAAUUGUGAAACCUGACGGCGUGGGUUUCCAGACUGCUCAGAAUGUUCAACUUCACUCCGUUGAGGAUGUUCUUGCAUAUGAUGGCCCCAUUGCUGUCACCGUCGACGGCUGUUCCAUCCGUGAGCCUCGUGGAGGCCCGAUGCUCCCCCUUGUUGGGAACUACUACGAGCUGUAUCCUGACCAUAUGGGCAAUCAUCAACGACUGUUCAAGAAGUAUGGUCGUGUAAUCAAGACCAAUGCCAUGGGCAGAAUCAACUACCUCACCGACGAUCCCGACAUCACCGAAAUCGCUUACAAGGAGAAUCAUGGUCUGUUCACCAAGAAAACCAGCGAUUCCAACCACCCAUUGUAUGGCAUCCGAGACAAUACCGCUCUUUUCACCUGCGACACCAAUACGCCAUCGUUCAAACUGACUCACAAAUUCAUUCCGCCCAGCAUGUCACCAAAAGCGGUCCGACAUUAUACCCCCAUCAUGCAAGAGACAGUCUCAAAAUCUUUUGCCGUCUUCGAUCAAUUGGACCAGGCUGGCCUCGCCUUCAAUGUCUAUCAGUACAUGGUCAAGCUCUCAGGACAGACCCUUUGUCGAUUUGUUCUUGGAAUUGAUGCUCAUCAUUUUGAUACACCGGCAUCCAAGCUGCAUCCCAUCAUGGUUCUGCUCACGCAGAUUCUUGAACUCAACAAAGCCGUUCAGACUCGAGGUGAUUGGUAUUCCAUGCUUCCUUUCGGCCCGCCGAAGAAAUUGCAGCAUGUUCGACUGGAAAUCGCAUCAGUGGUCGAUGAUAUCAUCGAGACAUGUCCUCGUGGAGGGACCGAAGACCUUCCGCUCGACGAAGCGGCUCUCAAUGCUAGCUGUCUCGUCGACUAUCUAACUCGGGCCACCGACGACAGGGGAGACAAACUACCUUACGACCUGGUCCUGACCAACACCCUCUCAAUUCUUGGCGCGGGAUUUACCACAAUCUCCGCACUGCUCUCGUGGCUUCUCUACUGUCUCAUCACCUACAAAGGCCACCAAGAACGUUUACUACAAGAAUUCGUCGACCACGGCGUCGACGAAAAUACCAAACUCACUCCGGAGUUGGUCGACAACAUGACAUUCCUCGACAAAUUCAUCAAAGAAACCAUGCGAGUACACAGCCCAGCUUUCCAAGCCGGCCGAAACGCCACCAAAGAUAUGAUCCUCCCCGGGGGCUACAAGCUACCAAAGGGCGCUAUUUUGAUUCCAAAUUUCCCUGCCAUCCAUACCAACAGUGCACACUGGAGCAAUCCUCACCGCUUCGACCCCGACCGCUGGGACACCGAUGAGGUCAAGAACAGACACAAAGCGGCAUACCUGCCCUUCGCCAUGGGGCCCCGAGGCUGCAUUGGGUACAACUACGCUUUACAGCAGAUCAAAGUCCUCCUUCCGGCUCUUGUGUACAGAUACCAUUGGGAGGACGUAAGCCCCGAGGCCGUCGAAUAUGAUCCGGAGUUCCAGGUCAUUCGACCGCUGAAUAUCUAUGCCCGAGCUGUGAAGAGGACACAGUGGCCUAGCAAGACGAAAAUGCCCAAAGUCAAGUUUGCAGGGAGUGCUUGA